UUUUUAUCUUCUCCAUACCUUUAUGCGCUUUGCUGCUUAGCGCCACUGCUGCCUGCACAAUAGGCCUCAGCGUUCGAGUCUGAUUGUCAAUUCAAAAAGGACGUUGAAUUAAGCUAAGGCCUACCUGCGGUAUUAUGGGGCAUUUCUGCUUACCAUCUGUUACAAAUUUGAUUUGCUUGUUUUUGCACGUAUUUUAUAGCUAGUAACCUUGAUGUUUUGGAUCUUGUUCCACAAUAGCUUUGCAGUUGUGCUUCUGCUAAGAGCAAGAGAGAUUCUCGAAGGACUUGAAACAGACCAUGGAAGGAGUUUGGAAAGGAGAUUUGUGAAAACAUGGAUUCCAUGGAAGACAACUUAAGUACCCUACCUCCAGUACUAAGAAUAAGCCAACUGGAUGCUUUUGAACUGGAUAGAGCCUUGGAACAGCUGGUGUGGUCCCAAUUUGCCCAGUGUUUCCAAUGUUUUAAACCUGGCUUGCUUACAAACUUUGAACCAGAACUGAAAGCAAUCCUGCAAAUUUUGUUAUGGAGAUUUACAGUCUAUUCUCAAAAUGCAACAGUUGGCCAGACACUUCUGAACAUCAGAUAUAAAAAUGACUUGUCUCAGGGACAACAAUACAAACCAAUGAGUAAACGUCAGAAGCUGUGGUAUGCAUUGUGUACCAUUGGAGGGAAAUGGCUACAAGAGAGAGCCCAUGAUUUAAUUAGUAGUCGUUCCCCAGAAUCAAUUAUCCACAAGUUUAAAUAUUUCAUAACUUUUUCAUUUGGACUUCUGAAAGUUGCUGGGCUACUGAAUUUUUUGAUCUUUCUUCAGAAUGGUAGAUUUGCCACAUUUCCAGAACGACUUAUAGGAAUCAGAGCUGUGUUCUGCAGACCUCAAGGUGUUCGUCAAGUUGGUUUUGAAUAUAUGAAUCGGGAACUUUUAUGGCAUGGCUUUGCCGAAUUCUUAAUAUUUCUUCUGCCACUGAUUAAUACCAGAAAGCUGAAAGUAAUUGUUUCAUCAUGGUUCCUUCCAGUAGGCCAUAUCCAAGACGAUGAUGGUACACUAUCAAUCCACUGUAAAGAAUGUGCUAUUUGUGGUGAUUGGCCAACUAUGCCUCAUGUAAUUGGUUGUAAGCACGUCUUUUGUUAUUACUGCAUUCAAAGUAAUUAUCUAUCUGAUGCUUACUUUACUUGUCCUAAAUGCAGCACUGAAAUCCAAAAUAUAGUUCCUUUGUUAUCUAACAUUCACCAAUCAAUCUAAUGCAGAUUUGCCUAAAGGCCACUUUGGAAUUUGAACAUGUUAUCUAGGUUGACAUCUCAAUGCAUUAUUAAAGGACAAGACGCAGAUGCAACCUUUGGUGGCCUAGAUGUAUGUGAAAAUUUAAUUAUAUUGUUUACUGACCUAGUAUUUGAACCAAAUUCUUUCUUAAGCAAUCAGCUGCUUCAGAGAUGGAACAAAUGACAAGGUGAUCCACUUCAUUUUCCAUUUAUGGAAUCCUUGAAACGUCAUGAGGACAUCAUAAAAGCAGCUUCUUUCCAAAUAAAAUACUCAAAUUGACCACUUUUAAUUCCAGAGUUUGUGGUUUGAGUAUCUAUUCUACAUGAUGCACAAGUAGAUGGAUGAGAUACCUUAUUUUUUUUUGUUAACUCGUGUUUAAAAAAUCCUUUACUCUGAUUAACUUGAGAACCAUUGUAUGUCUUCUGAAACAGAAGUCAUGAAUGAAAGGGUUAUCAUAUGAGCAGCAAUUCAAGGCUCUGGGCCUGUACUCGCUGGAAUUAAGAGUGAGGGGGGGAUCUCAUUGAAACCUAUCAAUGUUAAAGGGCUAGAUUGGGUGAAUGUGAAAAAGUUGUUUCAUUUGGUGGAGGAAUCUAGGAUGAGAGGGCACAGCCUCAAUAUAGAGGGACAUCCAUUUAGGACAGAGAUGAGGAGAAAGUUCUUUAGCCAGAGGGUGAUAAAUGUGUGGAAUUUGUUGCCACAGGUAACUGGGUGCAUUUAAGGAGGAGGUCAAUAGGUUCUUGAUUAUUUAGGCAUGAAAUGUUAAGGGGACAAAGCAGGAGAAUGGCGUUGAGAGGGAAAUGGUUCAGCCAUAAUAAAAUGGUGGAGCAGACUAGAUGGGCUAAAUGGGCUAUUUUUGCUCCUCUGGCUUUCAGACUAAGUUCAUGAAACAAGGCUUCAAUGUACUUUGGAUACAUCAUUUCCCAUUUUCCCCCUUCACCAAUUGGUUGCAAGUAAUUGCUAAUCACUAUCAAGACUAACAAUUACAUUUAAUUUUCUAAUUUGAUCUUGUCUUAAAUUUCCUAUCCGGGGAGCAACUAUCAUUUCUGGAGGUGGUUUUUUUUAUUGUAGACGCAGAAAAUCUGAAACAAAAAAUAUAAAAUGCUAGUAAAGUUCUGUAGGUCAGCAGCAUCUUUCCUGAGAUUUGAUUCAUUGAAUGAAUGCAAAUUCUGUUGGUUUACAUGUUGCAUGUAUGUUGGGCAACUGUCCAUCCUCAGUCCACAUGUGUGAUGUUCUAUUUAGGUGCUACGAAGGUGUUGGAGCCUUCCAGUUAAGGUAGUCAGUGUAAUGGGCUAGUCAGAAUCAGUGGUUGCCACUUUAUAUUGGGUACAUUCAUCCCCCUGUGACUGACUCAUUGAAUACUUGUAUCUAUCUUGCUUCUCACCAUCCCUCCUGGAUGAACUACAUAUUAUUCCUGUAUCUAAUGGCACCAUCAACCUCAGCCACAUUCUCUUCAACAAAUAAAGUCCAGCUUCCAUAAAGCAUCAGUUGUUGUGUAGAGGUGAGGUUCAACAAAUGUGGUCCAUCCAUAUUUGAUAACCUUCUCUUUCAGGUAUUCAAUGACUUUGUUGUGCCCAUAUUAAUCAGUGGAGCACUAGCUGGGGAUUUGUACAACAGUUUCAUUAUGAAUUUCACACCACCUGCACAUUUUAAUCCACUGCUGUCUUCCAUAGCUGGUUGGGUACAGAGGACACCAUGGUAGUAGUGCAUUCAUAAAUUGUGAUUUCCAUUGAUACUUUUGGCUUGCCCGAGAGCUUGGUCACUUGUCCUCACAAAAGUCCUUGAGCCCAAUCCUCUGCCCAUUUCUGGAACUCCUGUGCUCUUCCAAUUGCAUAACAUUUUUCAGGUUGCUGUCAUGCUCCAUUAUACAUCGCCAGCCACAUAUUCAUUAUCUAUAAUACUUCUGCUUCAUCUGAGUGCAUGUGACUGUUUCUUCUGAAACUCAUUAAUAGUUCCAGGUACAGCCUGUUCUCAGUAUAGCUAAAUGUAUUUGGCCUUCCAGCUUGGGAAGACCCAGCCAUCAUUGUGGUUCCUGGAGUACGGAACAUUUGUUGUUCCCUAUUAAAGAGUCUGUCAAAGGUAGUAAUGGGAGGCUUCUUUCAGAAUUAGAUGAUAAUGUCAUUUUAAACUACUUCAAAAGAUUGAGUGGUUCUGCUUUGGUUCCUUAUAGGCUCAGAAACUAUCCAACCAACUGCUCAUGCCAGUUUAUUGAUGCGGCUUCUGAAGCUGGCUGAUUUUUUUUCCAGCAUUUGCUAUUUUUGAUAAACUUUUGGCAUUAAGUGAUUGAAAAUCCCUGAAAAUGGAUGGUUUCUGGUAAUGUUGUCCCAUCUACUUGGUACACUAAUCCACAAAUGAAUAUUAAUUUUGAUAGAAUCAUGUAGCAAUUUCUAACUGUGUCCAUUACAAUUUCUGCUGAAGUAGUCGAUGUCUUGACUCAAAAGAAAUUUUCCCCAGCCUACCUUGUUGAUAUCUUCCAUCUUUGUACUAAAGUCUGUAACUAACUGAUAAUUAAAUACUCUAAAUUUGACAUUUUUGUGCCCUUAAAUUCAGCCAUCAUUGGAAAACCUAGAUAUUUGGAUGAAAUUUUGUGUCUUUUCAUUAGAAACCAUCUAAAAUUAACAAAAUAAUGAAUCAUGUACAUGUCUAUUAAGUUUAAAGUAUUAAUUAACAUAACAGCCACUGAGAAAGUAUUUUAAAUUGUUGGAUAAAUUCUUGCAAUGGAAAUAAAAUAAUUUGCACAUCUUUUCACUAUUAGUAUGAAUGAGUAAAUUUGUUUUAGAAUAGUACAAUGACUGCUUGUUUUAAAUUAUACUUUAAUACUGUAAAGUGGAUUGCCUAAAAAUUCAUUGUAUAAAUUUAUGAACAACUUUCCCUCUAAUCACCAGUUCAUCAACUUUACUGAGAAAUCACCUUCAUUGCAUAUUUUCAGCAGAUUACAGUUUUACUGAAAAAUGUUACAGAAAAGAAAAUUUGUGUGCUCAUUGUUUUUAAAUCAUUUGAGUACUGUCUGCUAUCAAUAGCAUUUCAACAUAACCAAUGGUUAUCCGCCUGGUGUUUUUUUUUAACUCCUUCACUCAUCAGUUUACUUUCUAUGCUAAUCCAGCUACACGGAGAUAAUGUCCAGCGUACAAUCUAUAAUAAUUCAUGAGGUUUUCAAUUCUUAGCCUUUUUCCCUGAAUUGAAAAUUAAUGUUCUUGUAAAAUUGAUCAGGAAAAUAUAUUAAUUAAAAGUUGUAAAGCUGCCAGACCAGCAAAAUCAAAAGUUUAUUUUAUUUGAAUAUUCAGAUGUGAAACAUAAUGUCCCACAGAUGUUAACUACGCUGUUUACCAAUGUCUAUAUGGUUUCUUCAGAAAGUUUAGAGGUUGAUUUGUCCAGUGGCUGAAUGUAAGUAUGUGAGUAUAGGAAGCACUAUGUGUGCUAAGGCAAAUCAAAUAAGAAAUUCAAAGUGCUUUGUGUUUUCUAGACGAAGAACAUUUAGACAUGUUGAAAACUCUUGCCAAUGGUACUGUUUCAUUGCUAGUUUUUGCGGCCUCUGUCAUACACAAUUUAUAUUACCCAUAAUCUCAGUUUUGUAACAGUCUUUCUGUGAUUGCAUCUUUUACUGUGUAUAUUAGUUCACAUUCUAAAUGAGUACUACAAAAGGAAAUGGCCAUUCACUUCCAUUCAGAGCCCCAAACAGUCCUUCCAGGUGAGGCAGCACUUAACCUGCAAAUCUGUUGGGAUCACCUACUGUAUCUGGUAUUUCUACAUUGGUGAGAUGCAAUAUAAUUUGGGGGACUGCUUUGUGAGCACCUCCACUCCAUCCACAAAAAGCAGAAUUUCCUGGUUGCCUACCAUUUAAAUUCCUAUCCCCAUACUUCUGCCACAUUGAGACCACUUUCGGAGUGGAGGAGCAAUGUCUUCCAUCCAGCUAGCUCCAACCAAUGGCAUGAACAUCAAUUUCUUCCUCCAGUAAUAUCUUUUCUCCCUACCCUUCUUCAGUUCACCGCUUUGACCUCUUCUCACCUGCCUAUCACUUCACCAUACUGCCCUUUCUCCCAGGGUUCACUCUCCUCUCCCAUCAGAUUCUUUGCUCUCCAGCCCUUUGCCGUUUCCACCUAGCACUUCUCAGCUUCUCAUUUCAACCCCUCCCCCCACCUAAUUUCACCCAUCACCUUCUAGCUUGUCCUCCUUCCCCUCCCCCACCUUUUUAUUCUGGCAUCUUUUCAUUCCAGUGCCAAAAGGGUCUUGGCCCAAAACAUCAUUAUUCUUUUCAUAGGUGUUGCCUGACAUGUUGCGUUCCUUCAGCAUUUUAUGUAUGUUACAAAAGCAUUGUUUGCAUCUCAUCCAAAAAACAGUUAAUUGGACUUUCAGUAAAGGGGAGGAUACCACAGAGAAUGGUGCCAGUUGCUUAGCUAUUUCUAGUCUAUUCAAUUACAAUUCUUGACACUGCAAGGUUAAUGAAGUGAGGGUUAGGGUUUUAUUGCAACUAGUAUGAAGUACCAAGGUUUUGGUGCACAUUUGCACGUGUAGUUAUCUUCACAGCUGAUGUGCCAAGUAGAGUUUUGGUCUCCAUAUUCAACCUACAUUGGCAACCGCAAAGAGUUCAUUGGUUGAUUCCAGGGAUGAUGAUUAGUUGAACCUAUACUUGAAGUUUAGAAUGAGAUGCAAUCUAAUUGAAACAAGUUUCUGAGGGAUAUUUUCUGAACGAGCAGAUGUUUCCUCUAGAAGGGUGAUCCAGAGUUAAAGCUACAGCUUCAUAAUAUAAUCCAUUUAAUAGAGAGAUGUGAAGGAGUUUCUUCUCUCAGAGAGUCUUGAAUCUUUGAAGUUCUCUAUCCCAAAGCAGCCAUUGAAUAUAUUCAAGAUUAUUAUUGACAGCAGUUUGAAUUAGGAGGAAGUUAGCUGGAAACUGGGGUUAAGCCAAGAACAGAUCAGCAAUGUUAUUGAGUGGUGCAGCAGGCUCAGGGAACAGCAACAAACUCUUACUGCUAUUUCUUAUGUGCUUUUAGCAUAUCUCCUCAUAAUCCAAUCAACUUGCAGUUAGUUUGCAGCCAGAGUUGGAGCUUCCUGUUCUUUUCCUGGAAAUUGUUUUGGAACAUGGCUCUUACAUCUUCAAACAAUCCUCCAUUGUAUUGCUUUCUGUUCCCAGUCACAGUAGACAAGUCAUUGGCAACUAUGUGUUAAGAUUUAUCAAUUCAUUACUUAGCCUAAUAGGUUAGAUUUACCACAGUACAUAAUUAUCUAUUUAAAUGUUUAUUUUGCUUUUAUAUCAUCCCAAUGUGUACUUAAGAAUGUAUAAAUAAUUGUAGUUUUAUACAUAUAAAAAAAUGGAAAAGGUUAUAUGUGUGAAAAAAGUACAUGAUAAUUGUGAACUCCUU